UUCUGUUUCUGUUUAUGACUUUUUUGCUCCAGAGUGGUCAUAUAGCAUCGUCCUUCUUGAAUCCCUAUUCAUAUCCAGUUGGAGCUGUCGGAGGUGCAUCAUUUAAAAACGCAACACGAUGGCAGAGUUUUUGGCAGAAAACAAUGCCUGUGGACAAAACUUACUUGCCAUUGUUUCUAUGGGUAAUUCCAUUAUUGCAGAAGUGCUCCGCUUGAAGGAUUACAUUCCAGAAAUAUUUAGGCUAGAGUCUAAAGCAGAUCAGCAAAAAUAUGCCGAAGUAAUAAUGGAUUUCAGUUAUCUGAAAAUUGCUGAAGCACAAGACCAGAAAAUUGAACAGGAUCCCCUUCUACAGGACUUAGAUGAAGAAAUACGAGAAAACUAUUUGGAAAUAUUGACACGAUUUUAUUUAGCCUUUGAAAGUACACAUCAAUAUGCCAAAGAUUUGCAACAAUUCAUUGAUGAAUUAAAUCGAGGCUAUUACAUUCAGCAAACAUUGGAAACGGUAUUGCAAGAUGAAGAAGGAAAGCAAUUGAUGUGUGAAGCUCUGUAUAUAUUCGGCGUAAUACUUCUUAUCGUUGACUUUCACAUACCGGGUGCGGUGAGGGAGCGUCUUUUAAUAUCAUACUAUCGUUAUAGUGGUUCGAAAUCACACAGCGACAGUAAUAUCGAUGAUGUGUGCAUGCUGCUUCGUUCCACUGGCUACAUUUCACCAAAAGCAAACAAUCAAACCAACAAUAAAACCUCCAAAGAUGGCAUUUCAAAUUAUCCCGAAUCAUAUUUUGCCCGUUUUAAAUUUGAUGAGAAUUUUAUUGAUAUGGUUAUUGGACGUUUGCGUUGCGAUGAUAUUUACAAUCAAUUGAGUAUAUUUCCACAUCCCGAUCAUCGAUCUACCGCCUUGUCAACACAGGCCGCCAUGCUAUAUGUUUGUUUAUAUUUCUCACCAAAAAUACUGCACUCCCAAGUGGCACAAAUGCGUGAAAUUGUAGAUAAGUUCUUUUCCGACAAUUGGGUUGUCUCAAUUUACAUGGGCAUAACUGUAAAUUUAGUUGAUGCUUGGGAUCAGUUCAAAGCGGCAAAGGCUGCGUUGUCUAUCGUUGAAACGACAGCCAUAAAGGGUUUUUGUCUGUUGCGCAAAGAGAAAAUGGAGAAGGUGCUAAAACAAUCACAGGAGAUAUUACGUGAUGGAAUAUUAACAGACUUCUUUGUACUGCAAAAUAUUUCAAAAAUCAUAAAUCUCAUACGUCAGUGCAAUGUUUUGUUGAGAUGGUAUUUCACACAUGCCUCCAAGACAAUUUAUGAAAUUUCCAGGGGUCCUGUUACACAAAAAAUGGAGCAAAUCAUAAAAUUGGUACGAACCGAGUUGGGCUACAAUGAAUUGGAUCUUUUUAAACUAUUGCUCAAUUGCUCCCAAUUAGAACUGGAAGUUAAAGAGAUUUUACGUAGUUUAAUGCAAGAAAAAUCCAACAGAUGGAGUGAUUUUAAGAAGGAAGCUUUGGAUCGGGUAAAAGAGUUGGCGGAGGCAUUUUCAGGAUCUCGGCCGCUAUCGAAAAUCGAAAGUAAUCCACAAUUAAAAUUGUGGUUUGAUGAUAUAGCCAAAGAGAUUGAAAAUUUAAAUUCGGACAACGUAAAUAUUUCCGGUAGGACUCUGAUACAGUUGAUACAAGCCUUGGAGGAGGUGCAAGAGUUUCAUAAUCUGCAAUCGAACAUGCAAGUUAAGCAGUAUCUGAUGGAAACUCGGGAAUAUUUAACAAGAAUGACUCAGAUCAUCAAUGUGAAAGAAGAUAUCCUCAUCAAUAUACAAUUGAUAAGUGAUCUUAGCUAUGCUUGGCGCUUAAUAGACCGCGAUUUCACUGCAAUUAUGCAAGAUGCCAUCAAGAGACAACCUAAAUCUGUUAUACGACUUAGAGCUACGUUUUUGAAAUUGGCCAGUGCUUUGGAAAUUCCACUGAUGCGUAUAAAUCAGGCAAAAUCCGAAGAUUUAGUAUCCGUUUCCAACUACUACAGUACAGAAUUGGCCAAUUAUAUGCGGAAAGUACUACAAAUAAUACCAGAGUCAAUGUUUAAUUUAAUGGCCCGCAUCAUUCAAUUACAAACGGACGUUCUCAAAGAGCUACCCACCCGUUUGGAAAAAGACAAAUUAAAAGAGUAUGCCCAAUUUGAAGAUCGUUAUACUGUGGCUAAAUUAACACAUUCUAUAUCGGUGUUCACCGAGGGUAUACUUAUGAUGAAAAAAACGUUGGUUGGUGUAAUUGAAUUGGACCCCAAACAACUACUGGAAGAUGGUAUACGCAAAGAAUUGGUUAAACAUCUGGCCAAUGCCUUAAAUGUGGGUUUAAUUUUUACACCCAGCGGCAGUGGCGGUAAGCAAAAGAAUCCCCCAACCUUAGAAUUGGAAACAAAAUUAGACCAAUUGGCCAAAAUCAUGGAUGGCUAUCGCAGGUCAUUUGAAUACAUUCAAGACUAUUUGAAUGUGCAUGGCUUGAAAAUAUUACAACAGGAAUUGACACGCGUCAUCAACUACAAUGUUGAAAGGGAGUGUAAUGCAUUUUUACGCAAUAAAGUGCAAGAUUGGCAAUCUCAAUACCAGUCCACCACUAUACCUAUACCAACAUUUCCACCAUUGCAAGGCGAUACAACAAAAUCCAACAACUUCAUAGGACGUUUAGCCAAUGAAAUACUUCUGUGUACGGAUCCGCGCAAUACCAUUUUUGUGGAAUUGAAAGCGACAUGGUAUGACAAAAAGUCGCCACAUAAAGAAGUUUUGGAUUCACGUUUCUUUUGUAAAAUGCGCGAAGCAAUUGGGCCAGCUGGUUUGGUGGGAUUGGAUCGUUUGUACACCUAUAUGUUUGUGGCCGAUUUAAAAAAGAAUAUCGAAAAACUUCAACAUAACAUUGAAAAUGAUCAAAUGUGGUCUUCAACUUUGGCUCAAUUGACGCUGGAACUGGAAUCGAAACAAUUUCCCGGCGCAUACACAACUAAUCCUCUUAAAUAUUAUGCAGCAUAUCAUCAAAGAUGGCUUAAGGUGUGGCCCACUAUGGUGGAUUGGAUAUUGGAUUUGGGCCACAAACAAAUACUGAGAAAACAAUUGGCAUUUGAAUUGAAAAGUAAGAGUAAAGUAAAUGCAAAGAAUUUGGAAUCGGCAUUGGAGACAUUUAACAGAUCAUUACUAAAUGAAUUGGAGAAUAAAGAUAUGCAACAAAAAUUCAAAGACAAUACAAUGCUGGUGGAACUAAAAGAUUACCUUAUGUAUACAGGAUCCUAUGAGCCGCUGGAAGAAAUAUUUGUUUUGUGCAAAAACUCUCAUAAUAUACCACUAUUCUUCUCCUUAUUUGUCCUACACAACGUUACCAAUCGCUUACAAUAUUCAAUGCAAAUUCAAAGUCUUCUACCAAAAGUGAAUAAAGAUGCAUUGGAUGGAGUUCCGCUCAUAGUUGGCUUGCUAACGAUUUUACAACAGUUUCAUAAAGAUGUGAAAACUAUGUUCAUAACAUAUCUAUGUCAAUUUGUUUCGGUCUUGGUUGAAACGAAUUUGAGCGCUAAACAUGAAUUAUGCCCAGAGGCCAUUACAACAUUACAUUUUUUGGAAAUGUUUGUGCGUUUGUCACAUCUACCACGUUCCACACUGACUGAGCGUUUACCUGUGAUCAUAUUAAAUCAGUAUGAAUAUUUAGGUUUAGCUGUUAAGAGUUAAUUUUUACACAUUUUUUAAAUUUAUAUGUAUUUUGUUUAUUAAAUAUAUUUAAUAGUCUACUAAAACAAA